CAUUUCACGUUACGUUACCAGUUCGCACGCGACAGCCGAGGUGUCUGGUACACUUAUUUUAAGCGUUUUUCUGAAAGGAAUUAUUUCUCAGGCAAAAGAAAUAAUGCGGCAUGUACUGCUUUUGCUCCUUGGAGCUCAUCUUGCCUAUGCUGGAACACACUCUCUGAGAUACUUCUACACUGGUGUGUCUGGAGACAUUGACUUCCCAGAGUUCACAGCGGUUGGUCUGGUAGAUGAAGAGCAGUUUACGUACUUUGACAGCAACACAAAGAGAACUGUGCCAAAGACAGAGUGGAUCAGACAGAAUGUGGAAGCAGAUUACUGGGACGGAGUGACUCAGACUUUCACUGGCACACAUCCAACCUUCAAAGUCGACAUCCAGACCCUAAAGGGACGCUUCAACCAGUCAGCAGGUGUUCACUCGUGGCAGAUGAUGUGUGGCUGUGAGCUGAAUGAUGAUGGCACCAAACGAGGAUACUGGCAGUAUGGUUAUGAUGGAGAGGACUAUGUAAGCUUUGAUAAGAGCACCCUCACCUGGACCGCUGCUAAAGAUCAAGCUAUGAUUACCAAACAUAAAUGGGAUGCUGAUAAAGCCUUUGGAGAGUACAAUAAAGGAUAUCUGGAGAACACAUGCAUAGAGUGGCUGCAGAAGUAUGUGAGCUAUGGGAAGGACACUCUGGAGAGAAAAGUUUCUCCUCAGGUGUCUCUGCUGCAGAAGUCUUCCUCGUCUUCAGUCUCGUGUCAUGCUACAGGUUUUUACCCCAGUGGAGUAACAAUCAGCUGGAUGAGAAACGGACAAGAUCAUAUUGAGGAUGUGGUUCUUGGACAACUUAUUCCCAAUGAGGACGGGACCUUUCAGGUGACGAGCACCAUCACAGUUACACCUGAUGAGCUGAAGAACAACAAGUUCAGCUGCGUGGUGGAGCAUCAGGGCAAAACCAUCAGCAGCAUUCUGACGGAGGACAAGAUCAAAACUAACUACGAUUCUUCAGCUUCUGUCCCCAUCGGCAUCAUUCUUGGUGCUGCUGCUGGUGUCCUCCUGUUGAUUGUCUCUGGUGUUGCUGGGUAUAAGGUCUAUCAGAAAAAGAAAGGCUUUAAACCUGUCAAUGCUUCUGAUGAUGGUUCAAACAGCUCAGCUCAUUCAGAUCCAAAACCAUAAAGAUGAGACCAGAUGAGUGCAAGAGAUGAAGUAAAAAUGAUGCUUAUCCUGCUGUCCAUCGUGCUUAUAACACACAAACACACACAUUCUCUCACACACACACACACACACGGGAUCAUAGAUUUCAGUGACAGGAUUGAUUUAUAUUAGGGUUCAACAUUAAUUACAUCUGCAAAGUUUUUGUUUCAUCACACUUUAUGCUCAUCUUCUGUUUUUCUUUAAUUGUUUGAACUUGUUCAUUUUAAGAUGACACGUUGAUCUCAGAACUUAAUUGUAAAAUGUAUAUAUUUCUCUUUGCUGACAAAACCAGAGAAAACCAAGAAUGCAAAUAAUUGAUUUGCAAGUUUGAUCAAUUUGCAGGAUUUGUGAUAUCAGUACUGACUGUGAAAAAAGAGAAACUUGUGAAUGUGUU